GCAGUAAACAAGUUCGCGCGCAACACCUAUACACAUAGUUCGAGCCAGUUAAUGCAUCAACCUGCCAUAACUCCCUCCUUGCCUCUGAAUUUCUUAUGACCCGCUGAAAGUGAAGCGCACUCGCCACAUUGACGUUGAGCCACGCGAGGCACAUGCACUUCUGACAUCAACACAGGGGCAAAACCGCGGCAGAGAUCGUCCAUUCGGGAGGCUGUGCAUUGACAAGAGGCCUUCAAUUCCAAUAUCAAACAAGGCCGCCCCAGACAUCAACCAAACUUGGUCGACUUCAUCGACAUACUCUCAAAGUUUCAGCCUUACCAUUCGUCGCCUGCCUGAUAGUCUUGGGCAGCGCCAGCGAACGCUGACAACAGCGACGUGCAUCUAAGCCGGGCAAGCUAACCAAUAGGGCGGAGUAAGGCUUGCGGGAUCUGACCGCAUCUCAGCCUACUCCUCUUCACUUCGUCCAUUCAUCAGUCAUGCAUUCAAUCAAGAGAUAUGCGCGCAGGGCGGCAUGGUAUCCCGAAGACGGCGAUGGCUGGAGCCCUAUGCAGCGCUAUGACAGCCGCAGACAGAGGAAGGCCGCAGAUGAAGAACAAGGCAACAGAUUGACGACAUGGCAGACUGAGAACGAUGCUGGACCGUCACCGAUAGAGACGAGCCGCAGGGAGCGAGACUUUGGCCCUGCGCAGACUCACGUUCCGCGUGCAAGCACGUAUGGCGGGCCAAACGCCUCGUCUGCGGAACAUGACCGCGGAAUCGAUGACAUUACGUCAAGUGAGGGCAGCAAAGGCAGCGACGAGAAGCCGGUGAGCAGCAACGCGCCGCUGCAACCUCAGCCCAAUGGCAUCGUGGACCAUCCUGUGGGCGCCGAGAAUGGCACCCGCAAGCGUAAGUCGCGCAAGUUCCACGUGCCAAAGUUUCUAGGAGGGAAGGACGAGCCUGCUGAAGACGACAACGAGGACAUGCAACGAACGGACUCCGCGGAGACGAAAGGGAAGGGCAAGAAGAAGUUCAAGCACAAGCCCACGAUCGUGUCGCAACUCAAGGCAGUGUUCCUGACUUGGGUGAACAUUCUCCUGAUCGCCGUUCCAGUUGGGAUUGCCCUCAACUAUGCUCUCGGCGAUUCGCAUACCGACAGAAUCGUUGUGUUCGUGGUCAACUUCAUCGCCAUCAUACCCUUGGCCGCUGUGCUCAGCUACAGCACUGAGGAGCUCGCGCUUUAUAUUGGCGAAACAAUGGGAGGUCUACUAAACGCCACCUUCGGCAAUGCCGUCGAACUGAUCGUCAGCAUCAUCGCACUGGUCCAAGGCCAGAUUCUGAUCGUUCAAACGUCGCUCAUCGGCAGUAUGCUGUCCAACUUACUCCUCGUGCUGGGCAUGUGCUUCUUCUUCGGCGGCCUCAGGCGAGUCGAGCAGUUCUUCAACAUGACCGUCGCGCAGACUGCGGCGUCCAUGUUAGCACUCGCCAUCGGCUCCCUGAUCAUCCCUACCGCAUUCUGGAUCUUCGCACCCGGCGACGGCGACAAUGGCGUUACGCCGGCGUCACGUGGAACGGCUGUGAUGCUACUGUUUACGUAUGCAUGCUACCUCCUCUUCCAGCUGCGCACGCACGUGGACAUGUACAACGCGCCUUCGCAGAAGUCUCCCAAGAAACCCAACGGCAAGAAGGAGCCCGGCGAGACGCUCAAAGGUCUCGCCACCAUGGGCGCAGGUACCGCCGCCGCAGCCGCGGGUGGCGAAGUCAACAAGGGCAACCUCGUCCACGAAGAAGAGGAAGAGGAAGACGAACCGCAACUCACCGUCAUCGGCGCCCUCUGCACCUUGGGCGGUUCCACCGUCCUCGUCGCCCUCUGCGCCGAGUACAUGGUCAGCUCCAUCAGCGCAGUCUCCGAGAAUGUCUCGCAGGAGUUCAUCGGUCUGAUCCUGCUCCCGAUCGUCGGCAAUGCGGCCGAGCACGUGACGGCCGUUACGGUCGCCAUCAAGGACAAGAUGGACCUCUCCAUUGGUGUGGCGGUGGGAUCAUCCUUGCAGAUUGCACUGCUCGUGCUGCCGUUGAUGGUCUGCAUUAACUGGUUUGGCGCCGGUGCGCCGGAUGCGCUCAACUUCAACUUCGACGGCUUUCAGGUUAGCUGCUUGUUUAUUGCCGUCAUCGUGGUCAACUACGUCAUCCAAGAUGGCAAGAGUCAUUGGCUCGAGGGGAUCUUGUUACUGGUCACGUACUUCGUCAUCGCCGUGAGCGCCUGGUUCUACCCAGUCACAGGCGAAGUUGCGGGCUGAGCAAUUCCCUGUCUACCAAUUUGUACUUUGGUCUUGCUAUAACGGAGUCGUGGGUGGAGUCAUAUCGAAGGCACAGAUGGCUUGGCGAAACUGAGUGCCGGCUGAUCUGAACAGCAUGGAAGCGGCGGACUGGACACGCGCAUGCAGCUCGGAGUUGAUGGCUGCGAGUACGAGGCUCAGGUUGUAUUACAAAAGCGCCGUUGCCGGCGAGCCUGCGUCGACAACUGAAACCUGGCACUUGCA